GUUCUUACAAGGGUGUACAUAUAACCCCUCUGUAUUUGAUCAGUAAAUCAAGAGAUCAAAAACAAAAAAAAAUGAGUCAAAGCUUCGAGCUCAAGGUUUUAGAAGACUUGACGUUAAAUACGAAGCAAGUACAAGACGAUUUGUUAGAAGAGAUACUGAGAGUUAAUGCAAACACCGAGUAUCUCCGUCACUUUCUCCAUGGAAGCUCUGAUAAAGAGCUUUUCACAAAGAACGUACUAGUGGCGACCUAUGAUGACGUUAAACCUUAUAUUGAGCGUGUCGCGAACGGAGAGCCUUCAAAUGUCAUUGCAGGAGAAACCGUUACUAGUUUCAUCUUAAGCUCUGGAACUUCUGGAGGAAAAUUAAAGAUCUUCCCCGUGAACAAGAUAUUCUUUGAGAAUCUCACAUUCAUCUAAGAUCUAUGCUCGGCCAUUGUAUACAAGUUUUCUUUAAAUCUGAGUCAGACAUUGCAAGACUUACAGAAGACGAUCAGAAGACUUUCUUGGAAGUCUUCUGGCAUAGUCUUAAGUCUUCUGACGUAGUCAUAAGUCUUCUGGCAUCUUCUCUCAUAUCAAGUGGAGUCCAAACUUGUCUUUGUGGAGGAAUGAUUUAUAAUAGUUUUGUUUGUGGUCUGUUUUGUGAUUUUUAUGUGUACUUUUUUGUUGUGAUCUUUUUGUAAGAAAUAUUAAUGAAAAAUAUGGUUAUUGUCCAAAACUACAUGACGUUAUUAAAGUAAACAAGAGUAGAAUAAAAG